UUCCACAUUCGCCUUGAUGAAUUGCGUACAGCAUUCUUUAAAAAGGAAAAUGCUGAAAAACUUGAAGCAAAAAAGAAAGCUGAUGAAGAGGCAGCUACAAAGAAGGCUGAAUUUGAAGAGGAAAGAAGAAAACAUUAUGAACUUUUAUGCCGACAUGAAAAGAUUAUGAAAAUAAUUGAAUUGGAAUCAAGGAAAGAGGCUGAAGAACAAGCCAUAAAGAAGGCUGAAUGUGAAGCAAAGAAGAAAGUUGAAGAAGAAGAAAUAAGAAAAAGGGCAGAACUGAAGGCAACAAAAAAGGUUGCAUUAGAAUCAAAGAAAAAGGCCGAAGAACGAGCUAGAAAAGCAAAAAAGGAAGCUGAUGACCAAGCAAGAAAAAAGGUUGAAUUGGAAUCAAAGAAAAAGAACAAAGAACAAGCUAGAAAAACAAAGAAAAAGGCUGAAGAAGAAGCUGCAAAGAUGGCUGUACCUGUACUGAAAGCAAAACGUAAGGCUGAAAAACCUCAGCAGCACUUACAACCAAUUCAUCCAAACUAUCCAGACAC